AUGAAGACUAUGAAGUACGUUGACGGGCUCUGCACUGGUGCUGACCCCUCAGUAGGAGAUGGUCCUGGUGCUUUCUGGACACUCUGGGACGUCCUGAAGACUUCUUCACAGCAGUCAAACCUCUUUCUUCUUGAACUUCUUGAUGAUCCGGUCAUUCUUUCAGCCAAUGAAAGUAAGGAGAAGAGUGAUGGACAGGUCAAAACAAAGACUGAACCCUUAAAAAGUCCCCUCAAAAUUCAGAAUGGUGUGCAGGAAAGUGAUUCACCAGUAAAGAAGGUGCAUAAACGCAGUCGCGCAAUCAUAGACAGCGAUGAUGAAGAUCAGCCGAUAGUAAAAGAGCAGCUGCCAAAACAGAGUGAAGCUGAACCAGCAAAGCCAGAGCAGGCUGUUUCCACUCCGGUUUCUCCAAAAACUCCCAUAACCCCAACGACUCCGCUCACGUCGAGUACCUCUGUUGCGGUGGUUACCCCUGCUUCCUCCGGUACUCCUGGAACUCCGACAUCAACAUCGCCGUCCGGCAUUCCCAAACGCAAGACCGCCCGCAAGCAGUUCCCCAAGAGGAAGCUGGAAAGCAGAAGUGAUGGAGAAGGGGCAAAAGAGGAGGAAAAGGAGGUCAAUGAAGGGCAGGAGAGUAAGAGAGCACGAGUUGAGGCCUCACCUGAACAGACAGACAACGGGAUGAUGGAGGUGGAAGAGAAGAGAGAAGAUGGGAAGACUGCAGUGGAGGAACAGAAAGAGAAGGAUGAAGCAAAAACAACCGUAGUGGAGGACAAUGCAAACAAUAAUAUAAAAGGAAAGGAGAAAAAGAAGGUAAAGCAGGAGAAAAAGAUAAAUGGAGAGAAUGGGAAGAAAGAAAAAAAAGAAGACAAGAAAGAGAAGGAACACAGCAGUCCUGAACGAGUGGUUAAAAAAGAAAAAAGCACAGAAGAGGAAGGGGGAUCGGCCAAAAAGAAACCCAUCAGCAGCUUUUUUGCACCCAGAAAGGCAGCUGUCAAACUGGAAAAAGAGGAGCGAAAUGAGGGAGAAAAAAAGAAGGACGGAGAGAUCUCUGAUGCUGCUGAACAGAAAGAGAAGAAAAGUGAAAAGGGGGUGGAUUCUGCAGUCCAGAGCCAGUAUGAUCCCUCCAGAGCUCAUUACCAUCCCAUUGACCAUGCCUGCUGGAUGAAGGGCCAAAAAGUGCCAUAUUUGGCUGUCGCUCGCACCUUUGAGAAGAUUGAAGAGGAUUCAGGCAGGCUGAAGAACAUUGAAACGCUUUCCAACUUUCUGCGAUCUGUAAUUCUGCUUUCUCCAGAUGACCUGUUAUGCUGUGUGUACCUGUGUCUGAAUCAGCUCGGCCCUGCAUAUCAGGGUCUGGAGCUGGGCAUUGGGGAGACCAUCCUGAUGAAAGCUGUGGCUCAGGCAACUGGGCGACAACUGGACAAAAUCAAGGCAGAGGCUCAGGAGAAAGGUGACCUGGGAUUGGUUGCUGAAAGUUCUCGCAGCAACCAGAGAAUGAUGUUUGCACCGGCCAAUCUGACAGCAGGAGGCGUUUUCAACAAACUGAAAGAGAUUGCUAACAUGAGUGGAAAUUCUGCAAUGAAUAAGAAGAUUGACAUUAUUAAAGGCUUGUUUGUGGCGUGUCGGUUUUCUGAGGCCCGAUACAUUGUGCGGUCACUGGCUGGGAAGCUGCGGAUCGGAUUGGCUGAGCAGAGCAUUCUCACGGCUCUCAGUCAAGCUGUGUGUCUGUCGCCCCCGGGCCAAGAGUUCCCACCAGCUGUGCUGGAUGCUGGGAAAGGAAUGAGUGCUGAAAACAGGAGAGUGUGGCUGGAGGAGAAAGCACUGAUCCUAAAACAGACAUACUGUGAGAUGCCAAAUUAUGAUGCAAUCAUUCCUGUAUUGAUGAAGGAGGGCAUAGAUGAACUGCCCAAUCACUGCAAGCUCACCCCAGGUGUGCCCCUGCGGCCCAUGUUGGCCCACCCAACUAAAGGGGUUGGGGAGGUAAUGAAACGUUUCGAUGAGGCAUCUUUCACCUGCGAGUAUAAAUAUGAUGGAGAGAGAGCCCAGAUCCAUAUUCUUGAGAAUGGAGAGGUGCGCAUUUUCAGCCGAAACCAAGAAGACAACACCAGCAAAUACCCUGAUAUUAUUUCACGAAUCCCACAGGUGAAGAAAGAGAACGUACGGUCCUGUGUUCUGGAUUCAGAGGCGGUUGCCUGGGACAGAGAAAAGAAACAGAUCCAGCCAUUUCAGGUCCUCACCACAAGGAAGAGAAAGGAUGUGGAUGCAUCUGAGAUCAAGGUUCAGGUGUGUGUGUACGCCUUUGAUCUGCUGUACCUCAACGGAGAGUCUCUGGUGCGAGAGCCUCUGAGCAAACGCAGGGCUCUGUUACGGGAGAGUUUUGAGGAGAAAGAAGGAGAGUUUGUUUUUGCUCGAUCUCUGGACGCUGACAACACAGAGAGCAUUGCUGAGUUCCUGGAGCAGUCUGUACGAGAUUCUUGUGAGGGCCUAAUGGUGAAGACAUUGGAAAAACAUGCAACUUAUGAGAUUGCCAAACGCUCCCACAACUGGCUCAAGCUGAAGAAGGACUAUCUUGAGGGUGUUGGAGAUACAGUGGAUCUGUGUGUGAUUGGUGCUUAUCUGGGGAAGGGGAAGAGAGCAGGCAGCUAUGGAGGAUUUCUACUGGCCUGCUACGAUGAGGAGAACGAGGAGUUCCAGUCUGUCUGCAAGAUUGGAACAGGCUUCAAAGAUGAAGAUCUGGAGCAACAUUACAAUUUCUUAAAGUAA